CCUCAGUGAGCAUGGUGGUUCCCAUGUGAUGCAUAAUCUUUGUGAUUGGGCGCUUGGAAAGUGUUGGUGUUUCCAGGAAUCAACACUCGUGUCUCUUUGAAGACCUCUCUGAUUUUUUUUUAUCACCCCAGAACGUACGUAAGAACAUGUCCAUCAUGACUGUCGACAUGAGUGCCUACAGGGAUCAACAUUUUAAGGUAAUGUUCAGCUCGUCCAACCCGAAAGGUGCCAGAUCGGAGCAGGAGAGGUUGCUCAGAGUUUCAACAACACUCUAUGUGGGAAACCUUUCCUUCUUCACAACAGAAGAGCAAAUCUAUGAACUCUUCUCAAAAACAGGAGAUGUGAAGCGGGUCGUAAUGGGCCUUGAUCGAUACAAGAAGACACCUUGUGGCUUCUGUUUUGUUGAAUACUAUACCAGAGGAGAUGCAGAGAAUGCUGUGAGAUAUAUCAAUGGAACUCGCCUAGAUGAUCGUAUUGUCAGGACAGACUGGGAUGCUGGGUUUAUUGAAGGCCGACAGUUUGGCAGAGGAAAGGGUGGUGGACAGGUACGGGAUGAGUACCGGACAGACUUUGAUUCUGGGAGAGGAGGAUAUGGAAAGAUAAUUCAGCAGAGGCUGGAGACCUCAGGUGUGAGAGUUGGGGGGGCUGCUCCUGAAGCCCCAAAAGUCCCUCAGCCUCCAGCACCUUCAACUGCAACUCCAUCUGUUGUAAGCAUCAUGAGCAGGACUAAUGGUCAUGGUGAUGAUGGGAAUGAGAAUGGGGAAGAGAACUUGGAUGCACAAAUGUGUGAUCCUGCUUCUUCCCCCAGUGUCAAGCUUCUUCUUUCUCCUGUCAAGGAGCCAGAUGAGUCAGAGCCAGGGACUUCAGCACAGACACACUCGGAAAUACGGAAAGGUAUUGCAAAGAAGAAGAUCCCCCGUGCCCUGACAAAUCUGGGUGCACCAUUCAAACCAUCUUCCCCACCACAUCCUGGUAAAAAGUUGAGAAACCGUAAGAUAGCACCUGUAGUCCGCCCUGAGAAAGAGCUGCCUGCUGGAGAACGUGGACGGCGUACCCUCUUCAAGCAGAAGACACCUCUUGUUGCACCUAAGGCAUUUGCCACCAUUGUGACUGAAGACAGUGUCUUCUACAGAGGGACAUAUUACCAGGUGGGAGACAUUGUAUCCCUAGUUGAUGUGGAUGGAGGGGUUUAUUAUGGCCAGAUACGAGGUUUCUUCUCUGACCAGUAUUGUGAAAAGAGUGCUGUGAUCUCCUGGCUCCUACCUACCAAAGAGAGCCCUCCCCCUGAUGACACAUUUGACCCUGCUACCUACAUUUUGGGCCCAGAUGAGGAGCUUCCCAGGAGCCUGGACUGCAUGGAGCUGAUCUGCCGUGCUCCGUCAGACUACUAUCGCACAACUCGUAGUCCCUAUCCCGUGAUUCGGCCUACACCUGAGCUGGGCUUUGUGUGGACCCGCCUGGGACCACAUCCGUGUACAAAGCCCAGUUCCCCCGAUCCCGAUGAUGAUGAUGCUGCUGAUGAUGAUGACGUAGAACUCUCAGUCAAUUCUGCUCACCUGGAACCUGAUGACCACCUUGAGGACUCUCUUGGUGCUUUUGAUCAAGAACUGUCUUGUGAAGAAGCUCUCAUUGCCAUCCAUUGA